CGCCAACCUCAAGACUUUUUCUCUCCCAAGGAAACAGAGAUCGAGGGUUACAAUCGUGCAAUACUGGAUAUGCGUGAUAAAAUUAAGCAAACUUUGAUAAGCGACGGACUAUCUUACUUUGGCGAGCCCUUAUGCGCUGAUCAGUUUGACAUGAUGAUGAGUAGACUAGAAGGAUUUACACAACUGGAAAGACUGAAAAUAGUAAAGCGUACAGACACUUCUUUGAUAGAAUUCAUUGACAGGCUACGCUCAUUUACUCAAUUAAAAAAGCUAAACUUGAUUCUACCUCCAUAUGCUGAUUUCCCGUGAUAUAGCGAAGAUGAACCAAGUGUUAACAAUCUCAAACAAAUGAACAAUUUGACUCGACUGGAUCUGGAAACGAUAGUUUGCACAAACGACACUUUUCUUUGUGUUAUGAACACAUUUCCCAAUUUCAAGUACCUGGAUCCCAACAAUUCCUUUGGAAAUACCUUCAAGCAAUUUGCAAUGCAGCAUAAACUGGUGCUUAAUCUUUUUAUUUUUUUACAUUUCUAUUUAUACCUAUUGUGUAUGAAGGAGUUUUCGAUUGAAGAUAUAUAUGCUGAAAAUAUGCUUGAUAUCGUACGCUUCUUCAGUUGUUAUUUUCCUGCUCGCUGGCUCACUAUUAAUUUUGCAUUUGAACGUAAUUUUACUGGCUCAUCAACGAAUCAUAUAAAGUUCAGUCGCCGUAAAGAUGAUUUUGAUUUAGAAAUCACAUCAAACAUUGGAAAUCGCACAUUUGAAUGGUUAGAUUUCCUUAAAUUAUCAGGAAAACUAGUUGUUGAUUUGGUCAUUGACUGUCAAACAGAUAUUCAUGAUUUUGUAUAUGACGAUCCUGACUAUCACUAUUUGGUACAUGGAGCCUACCUCCUCAAUUAUGAUCUCCAUGGAAUAACCGAUAGUUCUGUUGAAGAAUUAGAGUUUAACGGAGGCGUUUGUUAUUUUCUUUUGCUGUAUCAAUUGUUUGUGUGUCUUCCUUCUUUGAAGAGUUUGAAAAUGGCUAAUUGUAACCUGUCGGAUAAAGAUGGUCAAGAGUUCUUCUUUGAGAACCAUUUUGAUUUGUAUAUAGAAGAUACUUCUUUAGAUAUCUUUAUCUUUGCUUCCGUGCACGAAGCAGAAUACACCGACUAUUUCUAUGUAAAACUCUGCACGCAGGAGAGCGAAGAGUAUUAUCAAUGCACCAACGACAAGGAGCUUUUGACAAUUAGCCAAGAUGUUUAUGACACGAAGAUUGAUAACACUGAUGUUUUGACUUUUGGUAUUCGAUGCAAGAGUAUCAAAAAGUCUGAGAUCAAAACAGAUCAGUUCUAUGAUACUUUUGUAUUCACUUGAUUUUUCUUUUUCAUGCUGAUAAACGAAAUAAAAUAUAUUCAUAGUAUGACAUAAUGAAUGGCGAUAGCAGUCCAAAAAAC